UUCAUUCUUUGGUACCGCUCGUCCCAGGUCCCCACCUGAUACCAACUUUCACCUCCGUUAUUCUUGUCUAGCCGUUUCCUUUUAACUCUUGGUUCAUCCUUCUCUGACACACGCUUACCGGCCACCAAUUCCUUAAACCCCCCACCCCUGGCGCCUCGUGGCAAUCCUGACACCUCCGAUCAGGGCCUUACCGGAUUCUGAACCCGGUUCGCUGCCCGUGUCAUCCUCAGACCGCCCACAUACAUGACGACCCUCACGUCCACCUCGUUCACUCCUCCCUCUCCGGCUCCCAUUUCUUCUUCUCUCCCUCUGCGACAUCGUCCUUCACAGGAGCGGCCGGUGUACCGAUCUGCGCUGCGCUUCUCAGAACUCCUGCACAAUCGAUCCUCGUCGACGGCAACAGCUACUUCACCGUUUUCAACUGACCAUUCCUCUGCCCCCGCCAGCUCUCUGCCGGAUUCUUCGCACCCACGCUCGCUCGCCGACGUUGGCCUGGAGAAGAUUACAAACGCCCUUUCUUCCUUGACCUCUCGUCCGCCGUUGCGGACAUCUUCGUCGCUAGCCAGCUUCACGAGCGACACAAUUGCUGAGACUGCGGAGCGCAACACGUCCGCACCCGAACCCACAAACGAUAAAACCAAACGACCAGCAAGGGUAUCUUACCGCAGUUCGAUUAUCCUCCCAAAACGUGACGGGACUGCGGAGCGAGCAACAUCUCUGACGAAUCCUGGCAUGCCGCAUCCAAUCAUGCCUGACGCUGAAGAGAAUGCAGCAGCGGCCAAUGGCCGCUCCGCCAAUAACAUGCACCAGUCCUCCUCCCGCCUGCUCCGUAUGACGAGCGAUGGACGCCCAUUUAUCAAGGACUUUUAUGACCUCUUUGCGACCUUAAUGGUCAGUUUGCCUUUGACACCGCACCGUGUGCGCUUUGCCAAGGUUGAGCACACUUUUUCCUCUGAAGAGGCCAUUGCGAACCUGGGUUCGCUCAAAUUCUCUCAAUCCAACCGCAUGCCAGACCCCAAGGACCCCUCGCGGAUUGUCACGACGACAACAACAACCACCUUCUCCAUGGCAAAAGAUAUGGCGCGGUCUAUUUGCCAAAAGUUUCUUGAUGGCAGGCUGAUUGAGACUACGGAUGGCAAGUCCAACACGACGUUUCCCCUCAAGGGCAGCGUGUGGCAGCUCUCGCCAAAGGGUAUUUGCGUCGUGCAAGUCUUUUGCCAGCGGAACGGCAUCACUCAGCGUCAUGUGUUGGACUUGCUAGAGAGCGCGCGUAACACCAUGCAGCUCCUAUUCUUGGAGCGUGAUCCUCGCACAGACGCAUUGUCGCAUGAUCGUGGCACUCUCGAGGUCAUCUUCCGCCGUUUUGCGGGAUAUGAAGCCCCCAACCUCCGCUCGAGCCAGUCCAUUUCCGACUCGGACUCGCUCGAGGACUACACCACCGGACUCACGGGCGUCAAGAUGACCAAGGAGCGCAAAGCUGGCGACAAGGUUGUGGAGAAUUCAUUUACGGGUAAAGGGGCCAUGACUUGGCUCAUGGAUUGCUGCAGCUGUUUUGACCGCCGCGAGGCAUAUGACUUGUCCGACUCCUUUGUCCGCCUUGGAUUAGUCUGGCCUUCGGCCGAGGACUCGUUUUAUCGAAAGGAGCACCCAAUGGCCACCCACUUCCAGCCCACCAAGUAUGCCAUUUACACUUUAACCGGCAAGGGUCAACGAGUUGCUGGCUGGAUUGCCCACGAUACUAAUGUGCCCAUGCCCGAUGGCAUCACGGCCAAGGGUGAUAAAGCUGGUCGCGACUCGAACACUAGUCGGAUGACGGUGAUUCUCAAUGACCCAGCUCUUCGUCUAUUGUUCCGCGAGUACCUCCGAGACACGCACUGUGAAGAGAACCUGACAUUUUACCAAGAAAUGGUGUCAUUUCUUCGAGAGCGCAAACGCGUGGCCGACGAUGCGGAGACGACGCGUGAAAUGCUAGCCGCAGCCUAUGGCCUCUACAAUGCAUUCCUCGCUCCGGGUUCGCCAUGCGAAUUGAACAUUGAUCACAGCUUGCGAAGCUCCCUUGCCAGUCGCAUGACUCGGUCAGUCCAGGGCGAUGAAGCCAUUGCUCAAUGCUUGGAAGAAAUUUCAUCGCUCUUUGACCAGGCGCAGCGCUCAGUCUUCAAGCUCAUGGCCAGUGACUCUGUGCCAAAAUUCCUCCGAGACCAGAAAUAUGCCCCUAUCCUGCGCGAGCAUGACUUUGAGAAUGCAGUUGCUUCCGCACUCCAUCAGAUUAUGCCGUCUGCCGACCGGCCGCCUAGCAAGCUUUCCAAGUGAAGAAGGCCUUGCAGUUGAAGCAGCCUUUUGUGGUGCCAUUUGCGGUUCAGCAAUUGUCUGAUCAAAGCAAGUCAAUCGACCGCGCUUCGGCCUCUAUGGCUUCACAGCAUGGUAACUGGAGUCGCACGCGCAACAUCCCGACUUUCCCACGCUAUCAACACGCUCAUUGACCUCACUCGUU